UUCUAUUAUAGCCAUCAGUUUUGUAUAUGGAGCACAGAUCUUAACCUCAAAUAGAAUAAACUAACUAUCAUGGUAAGAAAGAAAUAUUGUCAUUGAAGUCAGGCUACUUGCAGCUUCCAGGGCCAUAUGACACAUUAUAUAAGGUGUUGUGUUGGAAUUGUAAAAACUUCAUUACCAAGUUGAGAUGUAACUGAUACAAUGAGGUUGUUACUGUAGCUUUUUGUGCUGCUGUAUGACAUUUUGGCCAUUCAGAUAGAAAAGAUACACUCACUGACCACUUUAUUAAGUCACCUUGCUAAUACCAGGUUGGAUACCUCUUGCCUUCAGAACUGCCUUAAUCCUUCAUGGCAUAGAGUCAACAAGGUACUGGAAAUAUUCCUCAGAGAGUCUGGUCCAUCAUGCAGUUGCUGCAGAUUCCAUUAUGCAAAUUUCCCAUUCCACCAUAUUCCAAAGGAGCUCUAUUGGAGCACCUUUGAGAUACAUAUUGAGAUCUGGUGACUGUGGAGCCCAUUCGAGUACAGUGAACUCAUUGUUGUGUUCAAGAAUCCAUUCUGAGAUGAUUCGUGCUUAUAUGGUGCGUUAUCCUUCUUGAAGUAGGCAUCAGAAGAUGGGUACACUGUGGUCAUAAAGGGAUGGACACGGUCAGCAACAGUACUCAGGUAGACUGUGACAUUGACAUGAUGCUCAGUUGGUACUAAAGUGUGCCAGGAAAAUAUCACCCACACCAUUGCACCACCACCAGCCUGAACCGUUGAUACAAGGCAGGAUGGAUCCAUGCUUUUAUGUUGACGCCAAAUUCCAACCCUACCAUUCGAAUGUCGCAGCAGAAAUUGAGACUUAUCAGACCAGGCAACGUKUUCCAAUCUUUUAUUGUCCAAUUUUGGUGAGCCUGUGUGAAUUGUAGCCUCAGUUUCCUGUUCUUAGCUGACAGGAGUAGGACCCAAUAUGGUCUCCUGCUGCUGUAGCCUAUUCRCCUCAAGGUUCGACGUGUUGUGUGCUCAGAGACGCUCUUCUGCAUACCUCGGCUGUAACGAGUGGUUAUUUGAGUUAGUAUUGCCGUUCUAUCAGCUCCAACCAGUCUGGCCAUUCUCCUCUCCUUUGCAAAAUCCAGUGAACUGCCGCUCACUGGAUAUUUUUAACAUAAAUAAAAAAAUAAGAAAAAGAAUAUGCUGCUGAAAGGUUUAAAGUAUUUUCAUGCUGGUUUAUAUUAGUUGAUAUAUAUGGGGGUUUUAGCACUGUGGUAUUAGUGAAAUGAAUGUUGAUUUAUAUUUUACUGUCAAAUGUAUGUUAAUUGCAUUGAAUAAUCAAUUUAUUGUUUGUUAAAAAUUGUAUAGAUGGGUUCGAGUGCUGAGGAAAAGCCGACAGAAUCACUGGGGGUUGAGAAAUUCUCAUCUGAUAUUCCCCCAGUAACCCAUUGGGAAGAACUGGCUGCUCAGGAACAUGGAACACAGCUUACUAAUAAACCAGAUCUGAAAGAAUCCAAAAGGACCACUGUAGAUAAGAUUUUCACAGAGAUACAGCAACUCUCAGGCACCAAAAUCAUCACUCAGCUCAUAGAGGUUGAACUGCACAAGAACGAACCAGAGGAUCUGGUCAUACCCACCAAUCAUUUGGAUUUGCAGCUAAGCAGACUAGCUUCUACUGUUUUUCACAUUAAGAACAGUCCCACUGAGCUUAACCCAAAAGCCAUGGCCCUGCAGGUGGAGGAGGUUCAGCAAGGGUUGCUUGCACAGGUUCAGAUGUCACUGCUCCCCCAGCUAAGAAAAGCAAAUGCUGGGAUAAAGGACAUUCUGGAUCAGRAGGAUCAGUGGGUCACUAUGGCACAAUAUGCAACUGCUGUUAUCCAUAUUAAACAAGACCAGUUGCAACUUGUCACUGAUUACUGCAAGCAGAAAGAAAUGGCAAAAAUGAUGAUGGAUCAGCUCACUGCAGAACUAGAUGUCAUGAAAAUAUCCCCACAGGAGAGCAGUUUCAAGGAGGUAGAGCGACUAUGCUGCUUCCAGAGACGUGUGGAGGGAAACCGAGUGACACUUGGGGAGCUGCUUAUGACACACUCAAAGAUUUGUCUCCACCUUAGUAGAUUGGAUCAGGAAACUGCACAGAUUGAGCAAAAUAUUCUUCUAGAAAUGUGGAGGGCUCUGGAAACAACUGUUGAAGACCACCUUCAUCAUGCAAAUGUCCAUUCUCAUUACAUCGACACUCUUCUAACAAAUCUGCACAGUCUGCAGGAACAUGUAAAUCUACUCUGGAGCGACCUUAAAGCCACGAGUUCCCUACCUACUAAGUGGAGUUGCAAGGAGGCACAAUUCCUGAUGGAGGCAAACGCUGAAAUUAAAGCAGCCAAGCAGCAAUACCUCCAUUUACAGCAACWGUCAGAAGAAUUACUUCACAGCUCCCAAUGGAAGAGAGAACCAGAGGAGAUAAACAACAAGCUCAAGGAGAUUAAAAAUGAGCUUUGCCUUGCAGAUGAACUGUUAUCUCAAACAACAAACAGCAGCAACCCUGUCAUGAAGAAAAUUAUCACAGUAAUUAGAGAUGGCCUUGCAUGGGCCAAGCAAAUGGAGAGUGGCAUUGGGGGCAGAAGCAAGUGGGUGCAACUUCUUCCUGAAGAGGUUCACCGGCAGCUCAGAGAUCUAAAGAAGCUUCAGUCUGAAGUAAUGACCAAACUCGGCCAACUGGAGUCAUUGGUGGAGGAGGUGACAGAGCUGCUUCCACAGCUGGAUCAGGCUCAGGAGGUACCAUUUGUACAUAUUUCUCUAGAACGUCUUGAAGAACUGUCAAAGUUCACCACUGACAAGCUGUCCAAAGCUAUAAAAGAGUUAGAGUCUGGGCUCCAAACGAGAGAAAAGUUAUUUGAGCAGAUGGCUGAUUUAGACUCUUGGAUUGUUGUCUAUCUACAGACAGAGGUAUCAAGGUGUGCAAAAAGUGAACCUAUACGUUACAGUGAUUUGGAGCAUAAAGUUUGCCAGGUCCAAGAACGCCUAGCUGAGGGAAAAAGACAGGCAGCAAUCUGUGAGGCUCUUUUAAUGAAGAGUAAAGACAUUGCAGUAGAACUUAGUGUAACAGAGAACUGUCAACUUUUUGACAAGAUUAGAAAGCUCCAGGAAGAGAUCAAAACCAUAAUCAACCAUGAGAAGGCCCAAAAAGAGGAGAUGGAUCAACUCAUCAAGACUGUACAAUCAAGAAAGAACACCUUAGUCAGUAUACAAAAAAGCUUAAGUCAAAUGUCAGUCGAGAUGAGCAGACUAAGGUUUCCGAUAAAAAWGGAGGCCUCUCAACUCUUAAAACCUCUAAAACUCCUCCUAGUGGAGYACAAAUCCCAGGUUGACUGUCUGAUACCAUGGACUCCUCAAGAGCAGCUGAAGGAAAUAAAUUAUGUCAUUUCUGAACUUCAAAAUAAAAUUAYAUCGCUUGAAAUGAAAUCCAGGGAUCAUGAGAAUUACCUGAACAUGAAGCAGGGAUUGGGGAUUCUGAAAGAGAACCUUCAGCGUCAAAUUAAUUUGACCAGAGAGGAUAGCAUGGACCUGGUAGAGAAGUACAAAAUGUGCCACAGCCUCCUUAUCCAAUUUUCUUUAAUGAAAGGAUUGCAUAAACAGGUUGGCUAUAAUCUUGAGUUGAUCUCUGCAGACCUGUUUCCCUCAGAGCUGACUGUGGAGCAGCAGAGGCUUAAACAAACUGAGGACAUCGUUAAUACUUGGGAAAUCACUGUCUUCAAUAAUCUCAGUCUCAUUGAACUGAAUGUGCUCACAGAAUUGGACCUUGAAUCAAUGAGAAACUCUACUCAGGAUUUUCUCUCAAAAACCCUCAGAGAGCUUCAGAGCACCUCUUUGUUGAAGCCCAACCAAGUGACAAUUGACAGAGAAUACCUGCGAGUUCUGUCUGUAAAGAAGGUAGUAGAGUUACAAAUGAGAGCAUUUCAAGUGUUAGAGCAAAAGAAGGGAAGCAAAACAAGGAGACAAUGCGAUAAGUUGAUGGACUUGAAGAAUUCCAUCCUGAAUGAAUGUGACUCAAAAAUGGGGGAUAUGUUGAGGGCAAGAGAUUGCUUGAGAAGCUACACCCUUGCUGUCAAUAAAGCAGUCCAGUUUCUGCAGGACACAGAGGUCUUUCUGCUGCCUCUCCAGGGUUCUACUGGACCAUGUUGUGAAAGGAUAGAAGAGACACAGCAUGCUUUGGCAUCUCUUCAGCAUCAGUUUCAGGCCUACAUUGAGGAGCUUCAAAAACAGGCUGUUGUGUUGACUAGCUUAUCUUCACACAGGGUAGAACAGCUCCAGGAAAUGAUUCUGAGCCAACUCCUAGUUAGAAUGUCAACACUCCUGGCAAAAGGACACAUACAACUAGAAAAUCUCCACAGGUGUGCAGAGCAGCACAGAAACCACACAAAGUCUCAAGAUGAAAUCCUUAAGAGAGUUGCUCAUUCAGCAGACAGACUCCUGCAGCUGAUCUCUCAGAAAGUCACUUGCCUUGUUGACUACACUGACCAGGAAGAAAGGCUCAUAGCACUAUCUGAAGAGAUGGAGUCCAUCAUGAAAUGUCUGAAAAACAUGAGGGAGUGGUGCUCAGAAAUGAGCUGCCGUGGAGGCCGGGAGGCAGCUGUGACCACCAUCUGGAGAUGGGUAUCAAGAUUAUAUCACUGCAUGCACAAGUUGACAGCACGCAGUAAACAGAGAAUCACAGAGUGGCUCGAGAUCGCCAACAGUGUGGAGAGAGCCUCAGCUGUUUUGAAGAAGGUGGAGGAAGAGCUUCCUGAUGCAUCUGAGAUGAAGGUAUCCACUGAGGAGCUCCAGGAGCUGCUGCAGUCUUGGGAACAGUACCAGGAAAGGCUGGACUGUGAACAUCGAGCCCUGUCUGCUCUGGAACUGCGCACAGCCAGGCUGUUGGGUGUUCCCGCCCAUCUGGAGCAGGCUCCACCCCUUCCACUCUGUCAGCGCCUGCAGUUGAUGCAGGGCCAAUAUAGCAGUGUGGGACAGAAGAGCAAGGAGRGUUUACUUGCAGUCAGGCUGAAGCUGGAUGAAAGAGAAAAGAUCCAAGAGGAGCUGCAGGUUAUCCAUGCGUGGCUCGAGAAUGCAGAGUGUCUGCUGUCAAAGAUGGAGCAGAGAAGCAGCACACACAAGCUACAUGAGAUGGAGGUCAUAGAGAAGGAAGUAUGCAGAAUGGAGAAUGAUGUCGCUGAGAUUAAGACCCUGCUCUCUUCCCCAGAGACUUUUCCCAGCCCCAGAGAGGAUAAUCUCAAAAAGAUUGAGCAGAGGAUCCAAUCAAUGAGACAUACAGUAGUAGAGAUUCAGAAAUGCAAACCAGACCUUUGUCUCCCUGAGAAGGCUGUGGAGACACUGACUGUGUUUAAUGUGGUGGAGCAGCUUCAAACUCUGUUGCUGGACCUGGAAAAGAAGGUCCCUGCCCUGUUCAUUCAACAGCCAUCCACUCCAAAUCAGGCCAAAGUGGUACCAAAGCUUCAAAACUCCAUGUCUGGGAAUGAGGAGCAUGGUCAAAUUACAGUUGUUCAUUUUGAGGAGAACAUCCUGAAGAAAUCUGGAGGCAGUCAAAGACAGGUCAGGAACCUUGACAGCGUCCAGAAAGCAGAGCUUGUUGUCUCAGAGGAGAAGGAAGCGGUGACUGGCCUUGGUACUGGUCAGACUGCAGAGGAUGGAAAGGAUAUUGAGAGCUCCACUGACACUGCAGAAGCAAGUUCAUCUGAAGCUUUGUCAGAAGCUCUAGACACAGUGAGAACCCAGUCCCUGUCUGAGAGCAUGGUAAACACAGCUUCCAGCGUCAACGUCUCCCAGUCUGACGUUAGGUCCCAGCACAGAUGUGUAGUUUCCUAGAUAUAGAGGUUACAAACACUGAUGAAUGCUUUUCCUAUCUCAAAAAUAUAUGAUGCCCCUGAGAGAUAGUUAGAACCUACGAUUUGUCAUUUUCCUUCAGAAACUUGUUGYAAACCUUCCAACAUUUUGUUAGAAACCCUGUUGUAGGUCAACCUGGCAACAUUCUGUAAAUUMUGUAUUUAAUCUAUUAUUCUACAAUCAUUCAUAAAACUGUGUCUCGGUUUUUAUUAAAACCUUUGGAGUCCUUUCUUGUUAAUUUUUGUCAAAUUACAUUGAUAUUUUCAAAAAUAAAUGUUUGUAAAGGCUUUUAAUCUAACUCAAGCUGAAUGUAGAAACCAACUAUUGCCAGCUGUAGAGUGACUUUUAGCCAAGUCUUUCAAAUUAAAAAGCAGUUUUAAGUUUAUCCUUGAUAUCCCUGAUCUGUCAAUGUAGAAUUAGUUAGAAUUCCAGAGUUCUUAGAGAAACAUGCCUUUCAACCCUGUCGGGGCAGGUAAUAAGGUGGACGUCAUCUCUGAAGAGAACGUUAGGCUCCUUUUAAAAAUUGAGUAAUUUGGAACURGACUGAAAUGGAAGUAGAUGUGUACCAGAAGACUUCUUGUUUUCCAAGUUUUCUGUGUUUACAUGAAGGACAGUGGUGCUGGCAUACAGCAUAUACCACACAUUUCUGAGCACGGUAUCUGCAACAGGUGUUUAGUGCAUUGAAGGUUUCUGUUGCACCAGACAAAUGAAGGUGCUGUGAUGGAGGGUUGGUUUGUUGUAAGUCUACUCUCUGAUGAGAUGCAAUGUCAGACACAGAGAAGAGAUUAAUGGGCAUGUAUUUUAGGCCUAAUUUUUAAUGUUUUAUUAUAGACGGCUUACUAUACUAAAACCAUUAUGAACCUUUUCAUCUAUUGUCUGCUCCUAGUGACCAGCAGCUGYAAAGCUUUUUUGAUAUGCAUCUACUAUAUGCGUUUGUGAAUUAAUAUAGUUGAACAUGCUGUUUAAUUAAUUAAAUACUUUCUCAGCUAAGUUAACAACUCAGCUACUGCUCUUCUCAACAGAUCCUUGAUUUAUGACAAGCCAGCUGAUAGAUUUUCUCUGCUUUUAUUCUUAUGGAAAUGACUUAUGUGAUUGUUGCCAUGAAAAUGCAGUGGUUUCACCUGAUACCUGCUUAAUAAACAKCUGUUGGCACUGAUUGUUGUUUUUGAUGACAUGCAGGUUUCAGUUGACGGCAACAGAAACUUUUUGCAUUACAUGCCUUUGUUCCUGCUUCUGUUCAGUCGUCUUCAUGUGUUUCAGUGCAAAACCAAAUGAAGACAAUAAAUGUGCUUCAGUGA